UCCCACUCGAAAGCAACUAAAUUUACUUUAUAAUUUAAUCUUACCUCUAUCCCCCCAAACUCACACACACACACACACAACCUCAAAACUUAUUGCUAUGAACUCCUUCUCAGUGUUCUUAGUGUUCGCUCUGGCCGCAUUGGCAGCUGCUGAGCCUCCAUCGGGCUACAAUUAUCCACGUGGCGGCGGUGGUGGAGGCGGUGGAUUCGGAGGCGGCUUUGGCGGUGGCUUCGGUGGCAGCUCAGGCGGUGGUUAUCAGGCUGUUAGCGGUGGCUUCCAGACCUCUGAAGGACAGAAUGUUGAUCCUCAAUUGUUGGAACAAGUGCGUCAGAUCCUUUUGAACGAGGAGAGCAAAAAUGGAGGCGGCGGUGGUGGUGGUGGCGGCGGCGGCGGUGGCGGUUAUCCCAGCGGUCCAUCAUCUAGCUAUGGUGCUCCUCCAUCAUCCAGCUAUGGUGCUCCACCUUCAAGCAGCUAUGGUGCACCCGGCAUUGGCGGCGGCGGUCGUGUUGUUGGCAUCGAUCUGGAAGGUGUUCGUCAGGCCAUCCAAGUGGCUCAAUUUGCCCAACAGAGCUCUAGCGGCGGCAGCGGCGGUGGCUAUCCAAGUGCCCCAUCUGGCUCAUAUGGUGCUCCAUCGAGACCCAGCGGCAGCUAUGGUGCGCCUUUCUAAGAAACACAUCCACAAAAAACAAAAAAACACAAAAAGUUUCGUUGCCAAAAAAAAAUGAAUAGGACGACCAAGACAAGACCUGAAAGCAAAUCCAAACCCAACAACGACCUGAACAACAACAACUACAACAACAACCACGACUACGACCAAAUUUCGACGACAAAAAAUAAGAAGAAGAAGAAGAAAGAAGGGAAAAGGAAUGAUGAUGGGCGAAAUCCUUACCAACAGGAUUUUGCGGAAUAUGUUGCCGCAAAUUUUUGCGCCACCAAAGGAGUGAAAACAAUUUAGUUCGACUAGUGAUGUAGAGUGAUGGGGGCGAGUGAUCACCUGUUUGCCCUUUAGCCACGGCAAUAGCAGGUGCCACUGCCACCCACUUUCUCCCCUCCCAAAAAACAACAAAAAUUCCCAACCUCAGCGACUGUUUUUCCCCCACAACACUUCUCUCUCCCACUCUCUCUCUCUCUCUCUUUAUUGAUAUAUAACCAAUUUAAAAUGCAACUCGAUGGCAAAUGCAAUUCUUCUUAUUCGACGUCGAGUUGAUCAUUUUGUUGGUGAAUAUUUUUUGUGUACCUCUUACAAAUUUUUGUAAAUAGUCUUUCACACAUUAUCUUUGUGGUUGGUUGUGAAACCACCAGCCAGGCACAACCACACAAAAACAACAACAACAACACCAACAACACCCCAGACAGUGUUAUAACGCAUUCUUAGCUCGUAAGUGUUUUUAUUUUAUAUGAA